AUGGCUUGGAGGUCCAGUGGCGCAACUAAUACUGAGCUGGUCAACAAUUUAAGAAGUAUUCCAUUCUUUCCAGCGUAACACUUCACAGGAAAUAAUAUUGCCUCUACUGACUACGUUCGCGAUGUAAUGCUAGCAGUUGAUCGGGCAUUUUUUGUCAAGAACAAUCCUUAUGAUGAUAGGCCUCAGUCAAUAGGAUAUUCGGCUACCAUCAGUGCUCCACACAUGGUGAGUCUACUUAUUACGUGA